UUCAGUAUGCGUGCUGUUUAGUACACUGCUACCCACCACUGUUACAAAUACCACCGAUUGGCCUAAAAUGAUCAUCUAUGAGCGUUAUUUUUGUUUCUGUGUGACAGAGUGAGGUGAAAAUCAAGAUGACUGACAAUGGGGAUCUUUGUCCUCACUUGGACUCUAUUGGUGAAGUUACUAAGGAGGAACUGAUUCAGAAAUCAACGGGCACAUGUCAGUCAUGUGGAGUUGGUGGACCCAACCUCUGGGCAUGUCUACAGUGUGACUGUCCUUAUGUAGGCUGCGGAGAAUCAUAUUCUGAUCACAGUACUAUACAUGCACAGGCCAAAAAACACAAUCUGACAGUAAACUUGACCACAUUCAGGGUGUGGUGUUAUGUAUGUGAGAGGGAGGUGUUUCUGGAACCAAAGCCUGUUAUUCCUGUAUCGUUAGCUCACUGCUGCAAACCACAUGAACAGGAUCCUCUUCCCCAGACAACAUGUUACCCGUUAAAAGCAGUGCCUAUCGCAGUGGCAGAUGAGGAAGGCUCAGAAUCUGAGGAGGAUGAGCUCAAACCUAGAGGUCUCACAGGGAUGAAGAACAUUGGGAACUCCUGUUACAUGAAUGCUGCACUGCAGGCCCUGUCCAAUUGUCCUUCUUUGACUCAGUUUUUCCUGGAUUGCAGUGGGUUGGUCCGUACGGAUAAGAAGCCGGCGUUGUGUAAAAGCUAUCAGAAGCUUAUCUCUGAGCUCUGGCACAAGAAACGGCCAAGUUAUGUUGUGCCCACUAGUCUGUUUCAUGGAAUCAAACUGGUGAAUCCCAUGUUUCGUGGCUAUGCUCAACAGGACACUCAGGAGUUUUUGCGAUGUCUGAUGGACCAACUUCAUGAAGAGCUGAAGGAGCCUUUGAACGACUGCAGCGGUGCAAUCUCAGAUGUCCUGCCUGACCACAACCUCGACAACCGUAAUCAUGUCGAUGGAGACCGAAGCCCCUCUGAGGAUGAGUUCCUGUCGUGUGACUCUGGAUCAGGAAGCGAGAGAGGAGAUGGAGAGAGGGCAGGAGGAGAAGCAGAGCUGCUCAUCCAAGACGAAUGUGUGGGAGUGAGAGGAAAUGGAGGAAUCUCAGAGAAAGAGAGGCUGAAGGAGAGAAGAGGAGAAGAGAAGACACGGGAAAUGGAUGAGGAUGCAGAUGUGGACACGGCUGCACAAGAGGGACAGGCAGAGAGAGAAACAGAGGCAACAACUGUAACCACAACUGUGCCGGCACCAGGAAAUACAGAACCUGAUAAUGAAGCUUCCAUGCAUUGUCCGUCCUCUCGUCCCUGUAGCCCCACUCGCAGUGUGCAAGAACUCCACUCCAGACUCUCCAGCAGCCCACCUAGAUCCAGCCCCCUCAGAACUGGACCCACUUAUACAUUCAAGAGAGCUCAGAUGCUCCUGAGCACCAAGAAGAAGAAGCAGUCCCGUUUCCGCAGUGUUAUUUCAGAUAUCUUUGAUGGAUCCAUUCUGAGUCUUGUUCAGUGUUUGACAUGUGACCGGGUGAGGAAAGGAUGCAAUGAGUUUGUUGUGUCCUGUAUUCCGAGUUGGUUUUGGGGCCCAAUGGUAACGCUGGAGGACUGCCUGGCAGCCUUCUUUGCUGCUGAUGAGCUGAAAGGAGACAACAUGUACAGCUGUGAACGAUGUAAAAAAUUGAGAAAUGGUGUGAAAUAUUGUAAAGUUCUGCGUUUGCCAGAAAUAUUGUGCAUUCACCUGAAGCGUUUCAGGCAUGAAGUCAUGUACUCGUUCAAGAUAAAUAGCCAUGUGUCAUUCCCAUUGGAGGGUUUGGCUCUUAAGCCCUUCUUGGCUAAGGAGAGCCCAUCUCAGAUUACUACCUAUGACCUACUGUCUGUCAUCUGUCAUCACGGCACUGCUGGGAGUGGUCACUACAUUGCGUACUGUCAGAAUGUGAUCAAUGGACAGUGGUACGAAUUUGACGAUCAGUAUGUAACAGAAGUUCAUGAGACGGUAGUGCAGAACGCUGAAGCGUAUGUUCUCUUCUACAGGAAGAGCAGUGACGAAUCUGUGAGAGAGAGACAGAAGGUUGUCGCUCUGGCUAAUUUAAAGGAGCCCAGUUUACUGCAGUUCUACAUAUCCAGAGAAUGGCUCAACAAGUUCAACACAUUCACUGAGCCCGGACCCAUCACCAACCAAAAUUUCCUCUGUCAACAUGGAGGAAUCCCUCCUACUAAGUACCAUUAUGUGGACGAUCUGGUUGUGAUCCUUCCCCAAAAUGUGUGGGAAUAUCUCUACAACAGGUUUGGGGGAGGCCCGGCUGUGAAUCACUUAUACGUGUGUGCCAUCUGCCAAGUAGAGAUCGAGACUUUAGCCAAACGCCGGAAACUGGAGAUAGACACCUUCAUCAAGUUAAACAAGGAGUUUCAAGCUGAAGAAGCGCCUACAGUCAUCCUGUGUAUCAGCAUGCAGUGGUUUAGAGAAUGGGAGAACUUUGUCAAGGGCAAAGACAAUGAGCCACCAGGCCCCAUUGACAACAGUAAGAUUGCAGUAAUGAAAGGCGGACAUAUCCAGCUUAAACAAGGCGCAGACUAUGGGCAGAUAUCUGAAGAAACGUGGCAGUACUUGUUAAGUAUUUAUGGCGGUGGGCCAGAGAUUGCAGUGCGCCAAACCAUCAGCCCCCCAGACAAUGACACACAUGGUGAAAGGAAGAUAGAGGCAGAGACCAGAGCCCUCUGAAAGGGUAAUGAAGACCCAUGUGUGGAUGACCGUUACACACUGCGCUUACAUUUCUGUCUCACAAGCACUUUGUGAGCUUUUCUGUGGAUCUGCUAACUCUAACAGAGCUCCCCUAGUGUAGAAAAGGGUCUUAUUUAUUAAGUGAGUAAAUCCGUUAUCAGACACGCACAUAAAACAUAUUUAACAUUCAUGAACAAGCUUCAUUCAUGCGUGCUGGUGAUAUGCUUGUUGCUGUCGUCAGUGGGACUAAGGGCGGUGAUGUAAGCCUUUCUCAGUAGUGCAGAGGUAAAUACAUAAUGCAUCACGCAGGACACAUUCAAAUCUUUGUAAGAGCUCUUUGCUGACGUCUACCUAGGCAAAACAAGACUUGAACGUAGUACCUGCAUGUUCAAAGAAGCUUUCCCUGCCACCCAAAUCCAUUAUAUCACUAUGAAAUCAAGCAUGUUGACACUUUGAGUUUUUUGCAAUGAAUCAUAAUGGUGGUGAAGGAUUAAACUGUUUCACUAUUUCACAUCAAAGUGAGUUCUGUUUACGUUCCAGCUCACUUCCUAUACCUCCGUGAUUUAUGAAAACUAUUUCCGAUUUCUGAUUCAUCUUAAGUAGCAACAGGCUGUGAUGUCAUAGGUGACUUUCCCUUUUCAUGUUGAUGAUAAAAGUUUUCUUUAAUCUAGGACGGUUUACUCAAAUGCUACUGAAAUUGUGACUAUCAUCAUACAAUAUAAGAUCAUAUUUAAUAUUAUAAGCUCAGGAUGCUUUUUUCUUUUCUUCUGCCAUUAAAUAUUACAUUUUGUUUUAAUGCACUUUACAAUCCUCUGUUUUGGAAUAGCUCCAUGCUCUGUCCCAAUCAAAGGAAGUGAAUCUUUAAUGCCCCAACUCUGACGCAGGGUUGCGCAAGCUACUAUAUUUGUUCAGUAUUAAAUGGUCCUCAAAAUGUUCUCUUAUUUCCUCAGACUGGCAAAAACAUAACUACUUACUCAAAUGCUUGAUGUGCUGUCUGUUAAAAGCUGCAUCAUGUAUAUGUUCCAAUGUUUUAAUGAUGCAGCACCACAGCCCCAAAUGAAACUAACUUAACUAAACUACAUUUCACUAAGGGAACGUGCAAUGAGGCGUAUCAGAUGUGUUACAAAAUGUUAAUAGAAUGCUGUUAUACUAGUUUAAGUAUGUCUUUUCAAAUGUAUUCUUUGUACAUAAUAAAAUGUAACAGUUUUUAUUUAAGAAAUGUCAUCUUUUCUCAUGAGCAGGUCAGAAUUGUGCAGAAUUGCUGAGUUGUGUAUAGGACUACAUAGUCUGUUACAUAUUUUGUUGCAGGAACUUAAAAUUCCUAUAGGUAACUUCUGAUGUAAUGUCUUUUUAACUUAAGCGAUUUAAAUGUUAAGAUCUGUUUGAUUUGACAAAUGGAAAAAUAAAGCCUGU